ACGUUGAUGUUUACUUUCGUGAGGGUUGUUUUUCCAUCGACUUUUCAACCCGUCUGUGUUUUUUUGUGUGGUUCUUCUACCAUCUCGUGCUAAUUCAUCCACAAAAUUAAGCCAACCCCCACUCUCUUCAAAAUGAAUUUCAUGUUAACUUGUGCUGUCUUGUGCUUCACCAUCGCUACCACCACCACCACCUUUGCAUCCCACAUUGAGUACGUUGAACCCAUUGAGCCCACCCACCAUCGGACAGUACAUGUCAUUAGGAAAACACUUGCACCCAUCGUCCAAUCUGUACACCAUCACGUACAGGAAGUACCAGUUCCUGUACCUGUGCCCGUUCCUGUGCACCAUCAUGUCCCAGUUGCCGUUGCCGCCGUACAACCCGUUGUGCCUGUUCAACCCGUUGUACCCGUUGAACCCAUUGUGGAAAUUGACCCAAUUGCCGCUAUCAUUGACAAAGUCAAAGCACAUUUCCUGCACAAACGCUCAUUGGAAUUUCUCCAUAAGAAAGUUGCCCUAAAGAAGGAUAUUGUUGCCAGCAAAGCGGCUCUUUUGCACCGGAAAUUUGACUAUUUGGCCCAUCUUAAGCACUAAUUGACAGAAUUCCUCCUUUUCCCAAUUUUUUUUUGGUGAAUGUUAACCUACUCUUUAGUGUGGAAAAAUGACUUUGUAAGAAAAUAUUGUGAGAAAUUCUCAUCUAUAGUUUAAUUUAUGUAAAUGAAAUUAUGAAUAAAAUAAUAUUGUCAGAA